CUCGCCGUCUCCCUCCCGCCGUCGUGGAAGGCGACCGGCGGCUCCCCACCGCCGCUUCCGGAAGGGUUCGGAGGCCGUAGUAGGCUCGGCCGCUGAGAUGCUCUCCAGGAUCUCUCAGCUCGGAGCCCGGCUCCUGCGCGAGACCAGAGCUGCUGGCAACUUAACAGGCCAUAGAAGCAGUUACUACCAUGAUCAACUCACUCGGCAUUUAGCUCCAGCGAAGAGCAUCCUCUUCUCCACUGCCACAACUAGUAGUCAUCAUGAUGAAGGCAGUCAGGACAAAGAGAAAAUCUCUGUAACAUUUGUCAACAAGGAUGGCACCGAGCAGACAAUCAGAGUUCCUGUUGGAAUGUCCAUGUUAGAAGCUGCUCAUGAGAAUGAUAUCGAACUUGAAGGAGCAUGUGAAGGAUCGCUGGCAUGUUCUACUUGUCAUGUCAUAGUGAUGGAUGUAGAACAUUAUAACAGGCUAGAGGAUCCAACAGACGAAGAAAACGAUAUGCUAGACCUUGCGUUUGGGCUCACUGAAACGUCUCGUCUUGGCUGCCAAGUAAUAGCGAAGCCUGAACUUGACGGUGUCCGACUGGCCUUACCUGCAGCAACCAGAAACUUCGCGGUAGAUGGCUUUGUACCAAAACCACACUAGAGACGGUUCAAUCCUUUCGAAUCGAGAUCCUUACAGCACCAUCAGUUUUGUACCCUUAACAUGUAACUUAACUAUACAAUAUAAUCCGUGGAAGCCCCUGUGUUUCGGGGUGUGCUGUUCUGCAAGUUCUGUUUUCAUUUGAUGAGGCCCUUGGUUACUGCGAGAUGCCAAUGUAGUCGUUGUAUUUGUACAACUGGCACAGGGCAAAUAAACAACUUGUGCUUGUGAAUGUGACAUCCAUCGGUAAUAUUGUUUUGGCGGCAAGAGAAUGUUUCCAACUC